UAAAAUGAACAACUUUCUUUUAAAUCAGCUAUUUGCACGGAUUGUCAGGCUUGCUAUACAGAAAGAGGACACGUUUAAAGAUGACAGCCGCGUUAACCUUUCUUUGUGUUGUUUCUGUUUGGAGUGGGGUGUUGUCCGAUGUACAUGUAGGAGGAAUAGGCCUUCCCCAGACUGUUGGUACAGAGCUGGGGGUCGCUGACACUCGGCUGAAGUAUGUACAGAGUACUGUCACAGGCAGCUGUCGGUGUGGCGGGUCCUCGUGUCAAUGCUGCCAGACCAUCCGGGUCUUAACGGAGAAAGAAGACGUGUGUAUCAAAGUACAAUACUUGAAGAAAAACAGUGGAAUCUUGCUUACUGUAACUUGGGGAGGAAAGGUUGUUUACAGUAAAGAAGUGUCGGUCAGAAACCCGCCAGCAAUUUGCCUGAAAGUUCCUUUCCUGAAAAAAGUGGGCAAGCUUUGCGUGCAGUUAUACAACAUGGAUGUCGGUAAAAGUGGUCUGUCUGGAUGCGCACGCAUAUCUCUCAAAGUUGCGUUCAUUAAGGUGGUAAAAGUUGAGCUGGGAUGCUUCAAAAUUCCGUUUGCCAAAGAUAAAAUAAUGGAGGUCAAAGCUGGUUCCAAAAUGGAGGUGUUGCUACGUAAUCGCGAAAGAGAUCUCGAGAUGAAACUUUUUGCCAUUUAUCUGAAGCAUUUGUUUCGAGAAGACCAAUGAACUUAUUCUUGUAUAGUCUGACCCAUGAAUAACUACAUGGACACAAAGUGUAUAGUGUAGAAGUCUAAAAAUUUCAGAUGCUUUAUUUUUAUAUGAAAUAAGUUUUCAAUAUUUGCAUUUCUAUAAAAUUUAUUCUUUAAACCCAUUCCUCGGCAAAAAAUGAUUUGAGUUAAUGUUUGUCUUUUAAGAAAAAAUUAAACUAAGGUCAAAAGA